AUGUCCGCUUGCAGCUUUGUAGACUUUGCCCAGUCAGCCUCGCCCGAGGGGCAGCGCAGCCUGCAAGAGCUCGAGGCCGCGUGCGAAGCUGCGCCUUUUGGCAGAAAGCAAGAGACGAUCAUCGACGAGACGUACAGGAAGGCAGGGAAGAUGGACUCCCGAAACUUCAUGACGCGCUUCCAUGCAGAGCAGACGGGCAUCGUGGACAUGAUCCGCACUGGGCUCCUGACCGGUUCGAGCGAGGAGGAGGGCAUAUCUGCGCAGUUGUAUAAGCUCAACGUCUACGGGAAGGGCGCAUUCUUCAAGCCGCACGUCGACACACCACACUCCCAGAAGAUGUUUGGGUCGCUUGUCAUCGUCUUCCCCACUCCGCACGAAGGCGGGCAGCUCAUUCUCCGCAAAGAGAACAGCGAGUGGACAUUCGACGCAGCGCGACUGCUAUCAGGAAGUGCUGAUCGCAUCGCGUACGUCGCAUUCUUCAGCGAUGUCGAGCAUGAAGUCCUUCCUGUGCUCUCUGGACAUCGCGUGACGAUCACGUACAACCUCUACUUCGACAAUGCUCAGUCCCGGCCAAAGGUUCCCAAGGGCCUCGCCGUCACGCAGCCUCUUCACGCGAGCAGCGGAGCUAUCAAGGAGUCCUUGCGAGCUUUCCUCCGCUCCCCGAAGAUACUACCCGACGGUGGUACAAUCGGGUUUGGGCUCCGCCACGUCUACGCGCUGCCCACUGUGUGGGAUGAUGGCGACCCCGAGCCUCUGCGAGCUAUCGGGCAAGGGCUCAAGGGGAGCGACGCGGCGCUCUAUCGCGCGUGCAAAGAGCUUGGUCUGGCACCGCGCCUGCGUCUCAUAACGGAGAACUUCGAUGACCCUAUUAUGCUCGAUCAUAUCAAUUGCCUGGGACACGUGGGAGAGGAGGACGAAACGGCGAUCCUACUAGAUGCAGGCGGCGUCUUCAUCAAAGAUGCUGAGUUCCCCGGCGACGAUGAAAAUGACGAGGGCGAGGGUGUGGGUCACCGCAAGCUCCCAGUACACUGGGUUACGGAGCUGAACGGGCUGAAUCGGACGUCUCAGGCGUACCUUUCGUACGGAAAUGAGGCAUCGAUGGGCUACAUGUACGUCUUUGUUUGCCUUAUUGCCGACGUUGGCAAGCACAGCGACAGAAUUGUCGGCUUGUCCAUGGUGGACGAGGGCGUCGCAGAGGGCGAGGGAGGAGCACAGCCGAGCGGGACAAACGAGGCAGUUCCGGGAGCCUGA